AUGUCUUGGGAACAAGAGUGCGAGAAGGACCCGGGAUGGCAAUUUCUGAAGAGAACUCGCGAGCAAAUUCUUCAGGAUCAAUCGAAGCCUUAUGACUCGAAGAAAGACGUGUGGUGUCCGGAUCCGGAAGACGGAUAUAUUGCCGGGCAAAUCACCGGCACCAAGGGCGACAAUGUAACCAUCACCACCGCUAAAGGAAAUGAGGUGACCCUCAAGAAGGAGCUCAUCCAGGAGAUGAAUCCACCAAAAUUCGAGAAAGCCGAUGACAUGUCUAACUUGUCUUUCCUCAACGACGCUUCUGUCCUCGGGAAUCUGCGCGCCCGUUAUGCUGCCAUGUUGAUUUAUACCUAUUCCGGCCUCUUCUGCGUCGUCAUCAAUCCCUACAAACGUCUUCCCAUCUACACCGACACUAAGCCUAUGGGAAUCAUCUCUAUGCUUGAUGAAGAGUGUAUCGUUCCAAAGGCUACUGACUUGACUUUGGCUCAAAAGUUGUCCGACCAGCACUUAGGCAAACAUCCCAACUUCGAGAAGCCUAAACCACCAAAGGGAAAACAAGCCGAGGCUCACUUUGCCAUGCGUCACUACGCUGGAACUGUGAGAUACAAUUGCAGCAACUGGCUCGAGAAGAACAAAGAUCCCCUCAACGAUACUGUUGUCGGUGUGAUGAAGAAUGGUGUUAAUGAGCUUAUGAAAACAAUUUGGGAAGAUUAUCAAACUCAAGAGGAACAAGCUGCCGCUGCUAAGGAUGGUAGUGGUGGUGGAAAGAAGAAGGGUAAAUCUGGUUCUAUGAUGACCGUUUCUAUGCUUUACCGUGAGUCUCUGAACAAGUUGAUGACUAUGCUUCACAAGACUCAUCCACAUUUCAUCCGUUGUAUCAUCCCCAACGAGAAGAAACAAUCUGGAAUGCUUGACGCGGCUCUUGUCAUGAACCAAUUGACAUGUAACGGUGUGCUUGAGGGUAUCCGUAUUUGCCGUAAAGGUUUCCCCAACAGAACAGCUCAUCCCGAGUUUGUGCAACGUUACGCUGUGUUGGCUGCAGCCGAAGCCAAGAGCGAUCCGGAUCCGAAGAAAUGCUCUGAAGCUAUUCUCAGCAAAAUUGUGAAUGACGGUGGUUUGACUGACGAGAAUUUCCGUGUCGGCAAGACGAAGGUUUUCUUCAAAGCCGGUAUCUUGGCUGCUCUUGAGGAUCUUCGUGACGACAAACUUGGCACUGUCUUCACCGGGUUCCAGUCGGCUAUUCGUUUCUAUCUUGCCAAGUCCGAAUGCCGUCGUCGCACUCAACAACGCACUGGUCUCCUCGUCCUUCACCGCAACAUUCGCACUUGGACUGUUGUUCGCACUUGGGACUGGUACCUUCUUUUCGGAAAGAUCCGUCCUAUGCUCAAGUGUGGAAAGGAGGGAGAAGAAAUCGAGAAGAUGGCCCAAAAGAUUAAAGACAUGGAAGUUCAAGUUGUCGACGAGGAGAAGAGCCGUCAAAACAUGGAGGCUCAACACACCAAAUUGCUCGAAGAGAAGAAUGGUGUGUUUGCUGAUUUUGAGAAAGUGAAGACCGAGCUGAGUGGGGUUGAGGAAAAGCUUGCUAAACUGCAAGCUCUGCAAACGGAUGCUGGCAAGCAAAUCGGCGAGUUGAACGAUCUCCUGGCUGAGCAAGAGGACAGAAACAGCGAUGUGCAGAGAGCGAGGAAGAAGGUGGAAAGUGAGCUGGAAAAUCUCCGUCGUCAGAUGGCCGACUUGGAGGCAACUCUUGGCCGUGUUGAAGAAGAGAAACAGGCGAAAGAGGCUCAGAUUCGAACUCUUCAAGAUGAAAUGGCCAAUCAAGAUGAGGCCAUCGCUAGACUCAACAAAGAGAAGAAGGCUCAAGAAGAAGCCAACCGAAAAUUGGUUGAAGAUCUCCAAGGAGAAGAGGACAAGAACAACAUGACCUCGAAGACCAAACAAAAGUUGGAGCGAGCUUUGGAUGACCUUGAGGAUUCUCUUGAACGUGAGAAACGGGCUCGCGGUGAGAUCGAGAAGCAGAAGAGAAAGAUUGAGGGAGAGCUCACCGUUCAACAAGAAAAACUCGAGGAAACCGCUCGUGUUCGCUCCGAUUUAGAAUCUAGUUUGAAGAAAAAGGACACCGAACAUCAAGCAAUCCUUGGUCGCCUUGAAGAAGAGCAAUCACUUUCAUCCAAGCUUCAGCGUCAGCUCCGCGAUGGAACCAGCCGUCUCUCGGAGUUGGAGGAUGAGGUCGAGUCUGAGCGGCAAAACCGCGCCAAAGCCGAGCGCUCAAAAACCGAUCUUCAACGAGAACUCGACAAUCUCAACGAUCGUCUUGAUGAACAAGGCGGUAUGACGGCUGCUCAAAUCGAGCUCAACAAAAAGCGAGAAGCUGAGUUGGCCAAGCUGCGUCAUCAGCUUGAAGAAGCGCAUCAAAAUCACGAGAAUCAAUUGGCCGCACUGAAGAAGAAGCACUCAGACAGUGUCACUGAGCUCACCGAUCAACUCGAUCAAAUCCAAAAGGCUAAGGUGAAAGCCGAGAAAGAUCGCGCCACUGCUCUUCACGAUGCUGAGGCUGUUCAAUCUCAAAUCGACUCCGAGACAUCUGCAAAAAUGCACAACGAGAAACUGUGCAAACAGUUGGAGAUUCAGCUAUCUGAGCUUCGUUCAAAAGCCGAUGAACAAGCUCGUCAAAUCUCCGAAUUCAACGCCAACAAGUCUCGUCUCACCGGCGACAAUGGCACCUUGAACAAGCAGAUUGAAGACGCCGAGUCUCAACUCAAUCAGCUCACUCGUUCAAAGGCUCAACUAGCCAGUCAGUUGGAAGAGGCUAAACGAACGGCUGAAGAAGAGGCUCGUGAGAGACAACAGUACGCCGCUCAAGCCAAGAACUAUCAACACGAGGCUGAGUCUAUUCGCGAGAAUAUCGAUCUCGAGAUUGAGGCCAAAGCUGAACUCCUUCGUCAACUCUCUAGAGUCAAUGGAGAGAUUCAGAACUGGAAAGCAAAGCUCGAGGGUGAGGGACUGCUCAAAGGAGAAGAACUUGACGAGGUUCGUCGUCGACAACAGUCCAAGAUCAACGAGCUGCAAUCUGUCCUCGAGCAAGCAAACACCAAGAUCUCCUCACUUGAGAAAACAAAAUCUCGACUUGCUGCUGACCUAGAUGAAGCGCAAGGAGAGGUUGAGAGAGCGAACAACUAUGUGAAUGGACUGGAGAAGAAACAGAAAGGAUUCGACAAAGUGAUUGAUGAUUGGAGACGCAAGAUUGACGAGUUGCAACAGGAACACGAGAUUGCUCAACGGGACUCGCGCAAUGCUCAAACGGAUCUUCUCAGAGCUAAGGCUGGCGCUGAUGAGAUUCGUGGUGUCUCCGAAGAUCUUCGUCGAGAGAAUGGAGGCUUGGCGCAGGAGGUGCGCGACUUGCAAGGACAACUUGCUGACGGUGGACGUGGAGUUCAAGAAAUGCAACGCAUUGUGCGCACACUUGAGCUCGAGAAAGAGGAGCUUCAGCAUGCUGUCGACGAGGCUGAGGCUGCUUUAGAGGCUGAGGAGAGCAAGGUGCUCCGUGCUCAAGUUGAAGUAUCUCAAAUCCGUGCAGAGAUUGAGAAACGAAUCCAAGAGAAGGAGGAAGAGUUCGAGAACACUCGCAAGAACCACCAACGCGCUAUGGAGAGCAUGCAAUCAGCUCUCGAGAACGAACAAAAAGCAAAGAACGAUUUAACGCGCAUUCGCAAGAAACUCGAAGCCGACAUUGGUGAGUUGGAAUUGGCUCUUGAUCACGCAAAUCAAGCGAAUGCUGAAGCACAAAGAAAUUUGAAACGACACCAAGAGCAAGUGGCCGAGUUGCAGAAACAAGUUGAAGAGGAGCAACGCCACAAAGAGGACGCCCGUGAGCAGUACUUCUCCGCCGAGAAGAAAGCCACUAUGCUUCAAUCGGAGCGUGAGGAGCUCGUGCUGGCUCUUGAAUCAUCGCAACGAGCAAGGCGCCAAGCGGAGACCGAAGCCACCGAGGCUCAGAGUCAAGCCGCUGAAUACUCUGGGCAAAUGAACUCACUGGCUGCGGCUAGGCGCAAGUUGGAGACCGAAGUGCAAGCCCUUCAUUCUGAUUUGGAUGAAACAAUCAGUGAGUACAAGACAGCUGAAGAUAACGCAAAGAAAGCAAUGUCCGAUGCGGCUCGUCUUGCUGACGCAUUGCGCCUUGAGCAAGAUCACUCGAACACAAUUGAUAGGGGAAAGAAAGCGCUUGAGCAACAACUUCGUGAGUUCCAGACUAGACUAGACGAGGCCGAAGCCGCCGCACUCAAGGGAGGAAAGAAGGUGAUUCAACAACUCGAGAAGCGUUCUCGCGAUUUGGAGAACGAGUUGGAUGGAGAACAACGACGCUUCCAAACGGCCAACAAAGAUUUGAACAAAGCUGAGCGAAAAGUUAAAGAAUUGGAUUUCCAGAUCAACGAAGACAAGAAGAACUUUGAUCGAUUGAAUGAACUAGUCGAGAAGCUUCAGAACAAGCUGAAACAACAGAAGAAACAGAUUGAUGAUGCGGAAGAGCAGGCAAACAUGCAUCUGCAAAAGUACCGUCAAAUUCAACAUCAACUCGAGGAUGCCGAGGAGAGAGCCGAUUUGGCUGAGAAUUCGCUCUCAAAGCUUCGCGCCAAAUCCCGUGUUGGCUCAACAGUCCCCGGCGGUCUCCAAGGAUCAGCCUCAGCGGCUGUAAUGCGUGCUCCCAGCCGUUCCAACUUC